GAAGUUUUUUAAGUUUAAAAAUUUGAUUAUUAUUUUAUUUUUUACAUAAAGUAUUUAUAUUUUAUAUACCAAUUACCAGUACCAUAAUGUAAAACUAUAAAAAGUACGAUUAUACGGUUUUACAAACUACGAAGUUAAUUUAGUUUUUGCCACUGACUCUUUUCAAUCUUUUCCUUUAAAUUUUAAUAUUAAUCAUAAAUCUAGUUGAUCAUGAUUUCUAUAAGCCGAAGUUAUUCAAUGACAAGUAAAGGGAGAGUGUUAAUCGGAGGUGGGACUGGAUUUGUUGGAAAAUAUUUAAAACAGUACCUUAAGGACCAAAACUAUGAUGUUACUAUCAUAUCUAGAAAAAACAAUGAUAUUAAUAAAUCUGAUUCUGUUAUAAGUUGGGAUCAGAUAAAAAAAAAUGAAAUUCCACUUGAUACUGUAGCUGUGAUUAAUGCUGCUGGUGAACCAAUUCUCGAACCUACACGAUUCUGGACCAGCAAGUUCAAGAAAUCUGUAUGGGAUAGUAGAGUAAUGACUAAUCAAUACCUUGUAGAUGCAAUCAAUAAUAUGAAUACACCAAAACCGAAAUUAUUUAUAUCUUUUUCUGGAGUAGGUAUAUAUCCUCCAAAUACAGACAAGUGUAAACCAUAUACAGAGAGUUAUGAUAUUAAAGAGUUUGAUUACUUAUCGAAAUUAGUAAUUGGGAUUGAAGAAAGUGCUAUACCAAAAUCAGAUGACGUACGUUCAGUAAUAAUUAGAUUAGGGGUUGUACUUGGCCGACAUGGAGGAUUUAUAAGUCAGCUUUAUCCAUUCUUUCGUUUUGGUUUAGGAAUCUGUAUGGGUAAUGGUUCUCAAUUCUUUCCUUGGAUACAUAUAGACGAUGUUUGUCGUAUAGUAUUAUUUGCUAUUGAAAAUAACAGAGUAGAGGGUAUUGUCAAUGGAGUUGCACCUGAAAUUAUUACCCAUCAACACUUUGCCAAGAGUUUUGUUGAAGUCUUUGGUCAUAGUUUUGUAUUAAAAGUUCCAGGAAUUAUUUUUAAGUUAAUAUUUGGAACAGAACGCGCAAAAAUGGUUUUAGAAGGACAAGCUGUUGAACCAACCAAAUUAAAUAGUUUAAAUUUUGUAUACAAAUUGCCUGAUGUCAAAACAGCAUUGUGUCGUGUAUCUAAAGAAUAAUUUGAUGCAUUGGAAACAGUAUCCAAUAUAGAUAGUUUUAAAGAUGAGCAGAAAAAAAGUUGGAUGUUUCUACAAAGCUUCGUCUCCUGUUUGAUAAAGCUCUGCCUGUCCAUUUCUGUGUGUCAAUGGUUGUUUUUCUGGUGCGUUAGAUGGCCGAUUGCGUUUGAAAAAUCCACACUACCAAAAACCAAAAAAUAAAUUAUUGAAAAAAAUGCAUUUUACAUAUGUUUGAUUUGUAAAAUUAGUUUUUAUGAAAUAAAUCAUAUACCAUAAAUAAUUUUACAUUAUAUAUUUAUACUAUUAUGUAUGUGUUAUGAGUUUAUGACAUUUUACUUGUUACCAUUUAAAUAAAGUUCUAUUAAUUAAUA